GAGAUGGAUCCAAGGUACCCGUGUAAACAAGUGUCCUGUCGAUAGAAGUCCAGUCUGUCCUUGCCGCGUCGAUAUUGGAGGUUCGCAUGCCAAGUGUUAAUCUGCCCUAGCUGUUACUAUGGCUGAAGGCGGCCCCUCUCCAGAACUGGACGAACACUUGCUGGAGUGUCCAAUAUGUCUGGAGCGACUUCGACAACCCAAGUCCUUACCCUGCCUCCACUGCUUCUGUCAAGAAUGUCUCGGGAUCUACAUCACCAAUGCGUCGACAACGGCAUUCCCCUGGCCUGUCUGUAGGAGGAUGACUCAGCCCCCCGCCAAUCAAACGGAAGCUAAGGACAAAUGGGCAGAACAGUUCCCGACUAAUGCUGAAAUCCAGAAGCUUAUCCCGCUCAGGGAACGUUCGUCUGAACCACUGUACUGCAAACCCUGCCAGACAAGAGGUGACCUGACAAAUCCAGCGAAAUUCUGGUGCAAGUUAAUGAACUUGAAUUUGUGCGAAACGUGUAAGGUACAACAUCAUGAUGUCUUACAUAAUGAAUGUGAUAUCUUAGAUAUCACCAGGUAUGAUAGUAGGAAGACAAAACAGGAACAGUCAGUCCCUAAAUGUGACCAACACGACGAGACAUUGAUUUGGUACUGUGAAGACCACAAACGUCUCGGAUGCCACAUAUGUAGGAACAAAGACCAUGUGAGAAGGUGACAACGGCAAUGGAAUAUUUACAGAAGAUAAAAGCCGGUUCACAACUAGACGAGAUGGAGAUGGCACUGAAGAAAGGAGCACAGGCCAUGACGUCAUUGGUGAAGGAUUUUGACGAGCAGAUCCAAACUAUGGUCCAAAAUCAGGAAAUCGCACUGCAAAGCAUCAAAGAUCUGCGCCAAAGUGUCGAGGAACAGCUGAACAAACUUCAAAAGGACGUCACUGAUAAGUUAAUAACAUUGUUUAAAGAGGAGAAGGGGAAUAUGGAGGCUUCGUCACGACAAUGUGAACGUCUGAUGAACAGUAUUCUAAAUACACUGAAGUCGUCCGUUACCGCCGCAGAGGAAAACAACACUAUUGAGGCGAUAGUGUUGUAUCAGAGAGGACAGGUAGAAGUGGAGUCGUGUAAGGCCCUGGUCACGGAGAUGAGCACGUCCUUCAUGUCCGUCACCAUUAACCAUCAUAUUGAUCCCAGACUGGUAACCCUUAGCGAUGAGGCGAUGGGGAAGAUCGUAAUCGAGAGACAACGACGUCGUUUUCCUGGUGAUCUUGAUUACCUCACCGUACCUUUGUCAGAGCGUCGUGUGAAAGAAAUAGGGAAGUUUAACGUAAAGACUCUGUCAGAUAAAACUAAUUGUUUGAUACGUGGGGUUGUGUACCUUCCUUAUAAACAGAUAAUACUUAGUGAUUUCAACAACCAGAAGCUGAAGCUGUUUACAGACAAAGGACAGUACCUGGACGAGUUGACCAUUCGUGGAGAUCCCUGUGAUCUGUGUCUGGUAAACAACAAUACCGUGGCGGUCGCUGUCACCAGUCCUGGUGGUGUCCGUGUCGUGAAAGUCGAGGAUUCAAAACUCUCCCUGUCGUCUGAGAUCAACAUGCCUAAUGGUAAAGACUGUUUUGGUAUAACACAUACAGACGGGAGGUUUAUUGUGGGUACAGAUGGAGAAGACGUAUACAGUGUGACUCAGGACGGAGCGACAGAGUUAUUAUAUAAGUAUAACUAUAUCUGUCAUUGCCUCACACAUGAUCCAGUAAAGGGAGACACACUCGUCAGUGUCAGUAACAUCAAACGUCACACGGAUGUGAUGAAGGUCGGUGUCGUGAGGGAUGUAACGGGAAUAGACGUGGACAGGGAGGGUAACAUCUACGUGUGUGGUUAUAGUUCACGCACCUUUGUACAGAUGUCUGGGGACGGGACACGCGUCAGGGAACUGCUGACGUCAUCAGAGGGAAUCUACUCUCCACGGGCAAUAUGUAUUCGUGGCGACACGUUUGUGGUCACUUCUGUAUGUUUUAAAGACCAGGAUAAUUAUGUUCGAGUCUUUCAACUCUACUAAACAUUGUACAGAUAAACACACGGAUGGGUUGAUCACGUGAUGUGUAUAUAUAUCAUAAUAGUCACAUAAUUAUUACAAACGCUGAAACAUUGAGAAGUCACCAUGUUUGUGUACGAUUUAAUUUUGAAACUAUACAUUCAAUAUUACGUAACGUAAAUAAACAGUGAAGGAGAAACUUGUGAAAUAACUUUAUAAUACACAAAGGAGUUUUAUUAUUAAAUCUUAUUCAUUUUCAUUAUAUUUUUGUUUUUUGGAUGCUGUGUACAGCAUUUAUAACGGUCCUCGCCAAGCCUGAACAAAUCAAAACCAAACAACAGACUUUAUUCUUCCCUUCCGCGGCAUAUCUUUAAGUGCUGUGUUGAUUAUUUCAUGGUAUGAUUAAUGCUAUGAAAUGAUGAAAUACAUAUGAAAACGAUCAAUAAAUCAAAGAAAAAAUGUUAAAAUUUACGAAAAGGCGAGGUUUUUUUCAGUGAGUAUCAUGAACUAUAUCAAUCUCGAAUUAUUACGCUUUUUGGACCGAAUAAUUUCUUCAAAAAAACAACCAAACAACACUAUCUCCUUCCGCGAAAGAUCUUUAGAUAAUGUGCUCAUUAUUUUAUGAUAUGAUCAAUGCUAUAAUAUGGUAAGAUUUAUCUGUAUCAGACAAAAAAGGUCAAAGAAAAUAUGUAAAGAUCUUUAACAGUGGCGUUUUUUUAUCUAUGAAUGACUACGCCUCGUAUUCCAAUACUCUAAAGGUGUGUGUGUAAGAGUUUUCUCCCCUUGUUUAUCAUUGCGUAGUUUCAUGCUCGCGACUUGAACGUUCCAUAAUAAUUUGAUUAAUUUAUAGACAGAGGUAUUAACACGAUACUAUAAUUUAAUAUAUUUACUUCGUAGUUCGCUGAAGGAGGGGCAUUUUAGAAUGAAGUGGAAUUCGUCUUCUAUAUCAUUUUUACAGAAAGGACAAAGUCUUAAAUUAUGAGGAUUUUUUCUAUGCCUUCCAGUUUCUAUUAAAAGAUUGA